AGAGAGGAAGCUUACAAUCCAAAUCAGGAAAUCACACCUAGCUAGCUAGCUUAGUAGCUCCAACAAAGACCAGAUCACACUCCCAGACAACCAGACGCUCGAAAGUACCAGUCCAAGAUAACAAAAUGGAUAGUGACCAGCCCCAGCCCAGGCGUCGGGGACGUCCAAGACGGGACGCCUUCAUCGGUCCACAAAAUAGGCCUGCAAUAUGGGGUGAUCCGAACCUCCCACGUCGUCAGACUCGUGCUCAGCGUGAGCGUCUUCAAGAAUUGGCCAAUGGCAACAUACCCCAUUACGAGCUUGGAGAGGAUGGUCGGCAACGGCUGUUGAACAGAGACCAGAUUCGUGCUCAGAACCUCCAACAGCUGGAAAACGGGAACAUCCCGCAAAUAGAAAUAGGGGAUAACGAAGAGGUACAUGUGUUGAAUGCAGAGCAAGCCGGGCAACCAGCGCCAGAGCCCCAGCCUGAGCCUGGGUCAGAACAAGAGCAGGAGCCAGAACAGGCAGUAAUAGUCCAUGAGGGCCAAGAGUCAGGGUCCGAGGAGGAUCCAGUGCGAGGCGAAGGUUCGAGUCUAGAUGAAAAUGCUGAUCCCAGCGACAGCUCUGAUCCUAAAGCAGAUUUAGACCCCGAAGACGGCUCAGAAGCAGCACACCCCCGAACGCCAACCCCACCACCUCCUCCUCCCCAAACGCCGCCAGUCCGCCUCUCUCCCUCGUCUCCCGCGUCUCGCUUGGAUCCAUUUGACUACGAGGACACGCCUCCCCCAGCACUACCCGUGCUUUCUUCCCCCCAACUCCCACACACUCCUCCCCGACCUGCGAUCGUUGUCAAUCCUCCCCUUGAAGCCAUUUCCCCACAACACUUUUUGGUCUCCGCUGGGUAUGUAGCAGGGGGGUGGUCUGGCGGGUUUGCCGCCGCAGAAGGGCAGCAGCCGGCGCCUCAACCAAUUCCGGUUGCUGAUAAUAAUGAGAACGGGGGAGAUGAGGUAGAGUGGCAGCACCCUCAUGAUGUGGUGGAGUGGCAGUACCCUAAUGAUGUGGAAGAGUGGCAACAUCCCGAUGAAGAAGGAGAGGAGCCACACCCCAGUGGAAAGCAAGAGGAGCAACGCUCUGAUGAAGAGAGUGAAGAUGCAGUUACACGUUUCGGGGAAGAGCCGUCCGACAGUUCGUCGUCCUCGUCAUCGGAUGAAGAUGCAGCUCCUGCGCAUGACCGAGGAGAAAGGCCGGACAGUUCGUCGUCUUCGUCGUCCUCGUCUUCGUCUUCGUCGUCAUCAGAUGGUAGCGAUGCCGACGGAGAGGGCCGUGGUAAUGAUGAGGAACGACGCGACUCCCCAGAUCCGGAUGGCAACGAAGAUCAGGCCAACAACGGUGAACGGCACUUCAAUGAUAGUGACGAGGAUCUGUUCGGCGAAGGAGCAAGUAGCGAAGGUGACCGCGGCGAAGCAAACGUCGGUUUGGACCAGCCACAUGAUGAGGAUGAGCAAGAGUUGCCAGAGUUGCCGCCGUCGAAUAAUCAACCAGAUGAACCUGCUCCAGCCGGUGAGGAGCCCAGAUCAACAAGUUCGCUUCCUGAUUUCGAUGACGAACAGUGGGAAGCAGAUGAACGGGAACUGCAGCGGCGUAAUCAAAGAAAUAAUCCACUCCCCUGGUAUGAGAGAGGCCACGCCGUACAGCGCCACCCCCUGGGCGACCUCGCAAUACUGCCCGAACGCCUCCAGGGCCACGACUCUGUCGAAAGAAACGCCAUUAACUGGACCAGGCCUUCACUCGACUUUGGCGCUUAUAGCCGUGCACCAUCAUUGCCGUCAGACUGGUCUUCCGAAGAAGACUGGGACUAUCCAGAAGAAGAAGAAGAAGAAGGGUCGAGCAAAUCUUCAUGCACCGGCUCGUCAACAUCAAGGUCUGGAGGCUCGUCCGAUAGUGACGACGAGCUUCCUCCCGUUGCCAUGCCAGUGAAUGGUACGAAGGUUAGCUCCCAAGGUUCGUCACAAGGACGAAGCUCGCCCAGUCAACAGCAAGAAACUCCCCUUUCUUCCCCGCCGCCUCGGCUACCACCUACCCCUUGUCCUUCUUCACCCAAGAGAAAUCGCAAAGUAAAGCCCGUUCCGUCUCCCCUGAAACUCGCGUACACUUCCGAUGGGACCAGCGUCAGCAGCCGCGAUCUCGAACUCGACAUGGCUGCCCGAACAGCCCGCUCAAAUGCGCCUCCUCCAUCGGCUGGCAUCACAACAGCCACUACGAACACCAACUUAGGUCAACAACCGCCCACAACCCCUAAAAAAUUUUCCGCUAGCAAGCCCUCUAUGCGCCGCAACAGCGCCGGCCCCUUCCAACAAAGUGAAUACCCCUCCACCACCGUCUUCCGGGAAGACUUCACCUUUGUCCCUCGCGACGGCCGUCUUUCCGCACCCGGCAGCGUUUCCGGCGAUGAUGGUACUUAUACCCUGCCCGACUACACUGGGCAAGGCGACCAGGACAUCAGCCCGAAAACCAAGAACCCACCCAAGGUUUCUCAGACGGGCCACGCAGCCCCAGGCACUCGCGAGGCGAGGGUGCAAGUCGGUGGUAAGGGAUUCCCGCAGGUGCACAAAGACAAGGGAGUAAAGGUUGUUGAUCCGGGCGAUGCGGAGUGUUCGAGCGAGGAAGAGGAGGAGGAAGAUGAAGAAGAAGACGAGGAGGAGAGGAAGAGCCCGAAGAGGAAGCCACACCAUCGUCGUUCAGGAAUUUACUGUCCCGCGUUUUCGACGGAGAGAUACCUGCAGGACCAGAAGCAGCAGAAGGAGCGAGAGCGACAAGAGGAGGAGAGAGGAGCGUAUUACCAAUACAACCCCAGGUACGACGAGGGAUACACUGGCGGCCUCACUGGCAGUGCCGUGCCUCGGUGGAUGAGCGCGGAGCAGGAUACUUUAAAUCCCACAUCAUGGAUCAGCACAGCAUCGACUGAGAGCUCCCUCGCUAAAACCUCCGCGUCUUCUGGCGCAAAACGAAGCAUAUCCUCCAUCACGGAUUAUGACGAUGAUUCCGACGAGUCCAGCGGCAGCUUGGCAAAGCGACACUGCUCAUCUCCUCCUGUUUCUCCGAAACGACCACGCUCUUUUGACGAAGACGAUGACGAGGGAAAUCGUUCCAGUAAGCGACUUCGUAUGGAGCUACCGGCUUUAGAAAAGGGCGACGGGCAACAGAGCUUGGGCGCCAAGGUCGUGGGCAUCGUCAGUCAGCAAACAGAUGCAGUACACCAGGAAGAGCAGACACGGUACGACCCAGCGAUGAUUGAGAACGAGGAAUACGAUCCAAGGACAGUUGGACUACCUCGAAUUCAUGGAAGUCAAGGUUCGAGGUCUUCAGCGAGUAGUGUCGCUGGGACGGCCCAAAGCUGGCGUGGAUCGACGGAGUAUGACCCGGCAGAUGAAAGGGAGGAGGAAGAGUAUGACCCUCAGCAUCCACGAGGUUAA